UGCGCACGCGCGGGGAGGCGUGGCCGGCGGCCUGAGCCCGACGCGACGGCUCCCGGGUUCUGGGCCGCGGCCAGCGAGCCCCUACCUCUGCGGAGCGGGCGUGGGGUGGAGAUGGUCGCCCCCGGCCGAGACGAGGCUGAGAGCUGCAAGCCUGAGAGAGAAUCUCGCCCGGCACCCAGGAGGCCAGAGGUGUGGUCUGCGCUCUGCCUUGGGCGCGCCCAAUGACCCGAGACAGUAACUGUCCCUGUUGAAGUCCCCAGAGCUCCAGUUGGAACUGAGGCACUAGCAGGACUGAGACUUCAGAGACCUCAGGGACUUCUUUCAGUACUCACAGAAACGUCCUAGCCUUGGUGAUGGCACAUGGGGACUGUUUACUUAUUCUUAGUCUGAAUGACUGCCAAGAAGGAAGGCAAAGGUAGAGCAGUCGGAUCGCUGGCUCUCCCCAUACUUCUAAUCUCAGACUUUAUUAGACUCCUUUCUGAGCCCAAGGACAAAGCUCACUUGAACAAAUGACUUUGAGUCAUGAAUGAAAACUCUUGCUCUUUCCAUAAUGAGAAAGGAUUAAGAGAUGGACAGAGAGAGACACAGCGAGAGAGGAAACGCAAGCAGGGGCAGUGGGAGAGGGAGAAGCAGGCUUCCCGCGGAGCAAGGAACCCGAUGCGGGGCUCGAUCCCAGGACCCUGGGAUCAUGACCUGAGCCGAAGGCAGACGCUUAACGACUGAGCCACCCAGGCGCCCCAAAUCAUCAGAAUUUUUGAGAACAUAUUUUGUGCCUUGUACUGUGCUAAUGGGUGUCAGAAAUAGAAGUGUAAAAGAAAUUUCCUCCACUCAAAGCCACAGGGUCUGAUUUAAAGAUAGGCUGCAUUGGGGGAAGUGAAAACUCUAGGGCCAUUUUGAUUGACGGUGCAGUUUCAGCACAGUCACAAAAAAGAAGUGGAGUCACAAGACUUAUUACUUGCAGAUCCCAGAAACAUGGCAGGGGUUGAAAGUGUGUGUGCUGCGUAUCCUCCACCAUAUGACAAGGACACCAGUGCUCUUCGGGCUCUCAGAGGAAUACCUAUCUCAGAGUUGAAGAACCAUGGCAUCCUCCGGGCCCUGACAGCAGAAGCAAAUGGAUGGGAGCCACGUGUUGUGAGUGCGGAGGUGCUCAGAGCCCAAGAAGAAUGGGAAGCUGUGGACAACAUCCGAACAGAGACAGGGAACCAGGCCAGCGCAGACCAGCCUGGGCAGCUGAUCUCCUUCAGUGAGGCUCUGCAGCAUUUCCAGACCGUGGACCUCUCUUCCUUCAAGAAAAGAAUCCAGCCAACUAUUCGAAGGACGGGGCUCGCCGCCUUCCGGCACUGCCUCUUCGGGCCUCCGAAGCUCCACCAGGGUCUCCGAGAAGAAAGGGACUUGGUCCUGACCAUUGCUCAGUGUGGCCUGGAUAGCCAAGACCCAGUGCAUUGCCAAGUCCUCCAGACUAUCUACAAGAAACUGACUGGCUCCAAGUUUGACUGUGCCCUCCACGGAGACCACUGGGAAGAUCUGGGCUUUCAGGGAGCGAAUCCAGCCACAGACCUGAGAGGAGCAGGCUUCCUUGCCCUCCUGCACCUGCUGUACCUGGUGAUGGACUCAAAGACCUUGCUGAUGGCCCAGGAGAUUUUCCGCCUGUCUCGUCACCAUAUCCAGCAAUUCCCCUUCUGUUUGAUGUCCGUGAAUAUCACCCGCAUCGCAAUCCAGGCAUUAAGGGAGGAGUGCCUCUCCAGGGAGUGUAACCGGCAGCGAAAGGUGAUCCCAGUGGUGAACAGUUUCUAUGCCGCCACCUUCCUCCGCCUUGCACAUGUCUGGAGGACGCAGGAGAAGACCAUUGCUGACUCUGGCUUUGUCCUCAAAGACUUGGAGGUGUUGGCCAAGAAGAGCCCCAAGCGGCUGCUCAAGACCCUGGAAAUCUACCUGGCUGGAGUGUCAAAGGGACAGGCCUCAUUGCUGGGAGCACAGAAGUGCUUUGGGCCACAAGCCCCUCACUCCAAGGAUCUCACCUUCACAGGCGUGUGCGACCUGCCGCCACAUUCAUCCGAAGGCAUGUGGCUGAUCUGACCAGCCCAAGGCUGACAGAGACUUAAAAGAUGGGCCACAGGGGCAUUGGGAGGGUGCACGGCGCAUUAUGCCAGGCGUACCCGGGCUGGGCCUGGUCAGGGAAGCCAAGGACCCUCACCCAUGUGAGACAUUAGGGAUAGUUAGACCCACCCUGCUCCCCACAGACCCGCCUCCAGGGCAAGGAUUUGCCAGAAUUGGAGUUGAGCUAGUUGAGAGUUGGCUUCCAGGUAAUCUCGAUGAGUGGAUGGAUCAUAAGGUGGGAAGGCCCUGCCUGGAUGUUCCCCGUAUGCCCACGCUGAGAGAUAUUCCCACGCCGAGGUGCCAGAUUCUGGCUCGCUGGGCAGCUGGGCUCUCAGGCCUUGGGUGUCCACAGGACCAGGACCCUGGAGCUAGAAUUUGAAGGGAGAAGGUAGCCGUGGCAGCAGCCAGCAGGGGGCAGCAUGAACCAGGGCAAGAGGCCUUCUCUCCAUCCUCUCCCCAUCCCUCAGCCCCGCUGUUGAUGACACAGAACCGGCUGUCUGGUAGGUGUCUCCAUUGCUGCCCAUCCCAACUGCCCACCAGCUGGGCACCCCCUUGCUCACACUCCCCACCCCGUGGAGGUGUGUAGUUCCCAUCAGGGAUGGCUUUCUGGCCUGGUUGAAGGAAGGAGGAAAUUCACACACCAGCAGUUUUUGAAUAAAAGAAUUGUUCCAGGUCAAGGGCCCCAGUGGUUUUCCUCCAAGACAAGCCUUGCCCUUUCCUGUGGCCUUGUUGUUCCAGGGCCUGGUGAGAGCCAGGGGCUCCAGGAGAGAAGGUUGCUCUGCCCUGGCCAGGCUCCCACCGAGUGUAUAUGGUGUCCAUCCUGCACUUAGAGGCCAAGACUCCUUGUGCACUCUAGCCAGGGGGCAGGGCGGCCCUGGCUCUGGUUAAGAUUGCUGUGUUUUUUCCUACAUUGGCUUCUGGGGAAGCCAUUGUAGGAAACAUUCCUCAUGUUUUUUCCUACAUUGGCAUCUGGGGAAGCUAGUAGCUCUGUUGCUCCAUUCCUCCAGGCCAGGGUAUCCUGAGCUGGGGAGACCCCACUACACCACUCUCCUGUCCUCUGUACUCCGUCAAGUAGACCCA